AUGGAAUAUGAAACUAUUUUGCGCGUUACUUUGAAAUCCUGCGGUGCAUGGGAAAUAGUUAUAGAUGAAUCAAUUCUUCCUGUAGGAGAUGAUGCGGCAAAUCGAGUACGCGCUGCCUGGACAAAACUCGACAGUAUAGCUCAACGCAUAAUUGCCACAUUAGUAGAUGGAAAACCACUUUUGCAUAUUAUCAAUUAUGAAUCGACUGAGGAUAUGUGGAAAAAGCUGGAAUCUGUUUACAAACAAAAAUCUGAUACUAGUAUACACAUGCUGUUGCAGCAAUGGUACAAUUACCAGAAGGAACCGAGCGAUGAUGUCGCUACUCACAUCAUAAAAAUCGAGAAUCUUGCACAUCGGCUACAAACUCUGAAUGAGAAAAUUCCAAAUCAAAUGAUUAUUACUAAAAUACUCAUAACAUUACCUCCGUCAUUCAAAUAUUUUAUUAGUGCGUGGGAAUCAACUCAAUCCAAUGAAAGAACUCUCACAAAUCUUAUUUCAAGGCUCACUAUUGAGGAAACAAGGAUAGGAACCGAAGAAAGGGCAGAAAACAUUGCUUUUAUUGCCAAUAAGCAUCAAUACAAGAAAAAUUUCAAAAAAAGGCAACGUUAA